AUGUCUGUGAGACUGUUGACCGUGCGACUGAUCAAACAUGGUCGCUACAUUCUGCGCAGCUACUGUCAUCGUGAGAUACACGCCAACAUUUUGGAACCAAACCCCUUGAAAACACGCAGUAAGCGAGGCUUUCCCCUACCAUCCUCCUCCGCCAAUGUAGCCCGGAAUACACCGCAGCAGGUGGUCAGGUCAGCACCACCGCCGGCCAGUGUCUUGCCUCGCAAUGGCGUCCCUCCCGCUGGGAGUGGACUGUUUCGCUUCGGGCAGCAUGCACGCAAGCUUUUCAUCGACAACAUUUUGAGUCGCGUGACCACAAACUACUCUGAGGAGCUGCGCAAGCGAGCCACUCGUAAACUAUUCUAUGGAGACUCAGCUCCGUUCUUUGCUCUAAUUGGAGUGAGCCUCGCCACCGGAUCAGGGGUCCUCAGCAAGGAGGAUGAGCUCGAGGGCGUUUGUUGGGAGAUACGCGAGGCUGCAAGCCGCCUGCAGACUGCAUGGAACAAGGACGAUAUUUCCGAGACCCUCAACAGCAACUUCACUAUCGACGACCUCGAAGUAGGAGCGCCCAUAGCCAAAGGUUGUGCGGCAGUUGUCUACGCGGCUAACUUCAAGAAAGGCCAAAAUAUACCGGUCUCAGAUCUUGGCAAUCCGGAAGUGCCCCAAAUUACAUCAGUGCAUUCUGCAGCAAGUGCGACGACUACCUGGCGCCAUGAGAUGAUGUCGCCACUACAAAAUAUGUCCCGGUUUGUGCAUAACUUUGGCGGCUCUGUGGACAGCAUCUUAACCUAUAGCCAACCCUCGGCGGCGACCGAUUUUGUGGGUGCUCUGAAGCGAGAACAGGAGCGCUUGUCCAUCCCAGAGGAUCACUCUCAGCCAGCAGGCUUGUCCCCUGGCUACAAUAUGAGCCCACUGCUGGAUACCAAACUGGAAAGCUCCAUCAACACCUAUCCGCUGGCUCUCAAGAUGAUGUUCAACUACGACAUCCAGAGCAACGCCCUGUCCAUACUCCGCGCUAUGUAUAAGGAGACGGUACCGGCCCGCCAACGGCGCAUGAACACGGCAGCUGAGGAGUGGGAGCGCCUGCUGCAGAGCCAGACACUUGUGCUGCCUCCGCACCCGAAUAUCGUGUGCAUGUUCGGCUUCUUCUGCGACGAGGUGCGCAACUUUCCCGACGGUCAUCUGCUUUACCCGAUCGCCCAGCCACAACGGAUUAAUCCACAGGGCUAUGGCCGGAACAUGUCCCUGUAUUUGCUCAUGAAGCGCUACGACCAUAGCCUACGCGGCCUGCUCGAUAACCAGGAUUUGAGCACACGCACUCGCAUCCUGCUGCUGGCGCAAAUGCUGGAGGCUGUCACCCACCUCAACCGCCACGGGGUCGCCCAUCGCGAUCUAAAGUCUGACAAUGUGCUUAUCGAGCUUCAAGAUGACGAGUCGCCCGUGCUGGUUCUAUCCGACUUUGGCUGCUGCUUGGCGGAUAAGGUCCAUGGCCUGAGGCUGCCCUAUGUUUCUCACGACGUCGACAAGGGCGGAAAUGCUGCAUUGAUGGCGCCAGAGAUUUUUAACAUGAUGCCGGGUCCGUUUGCGGUGCUAAACUAUGGCAAAGCCGAUCUGUGGGCCUGCGGUGCCCUGGCCUACGAGAUAUUCGGUAUGCGUAAUCCUUUUUACUCAAGCAGCGGCGGCCUCGCACACGAGCGCGGGGAGCUCACGUACUCGCUGCGGAACAGCGACUACAAGCAGGAGCAGCUGCCGCCUAUGUGCGAUGCGUGCCCGCCGUUGCUCCAACAUCUGGUCUACAACAUCCUCAAUCCCAACCCGUCGAAACGGGUCAGUCCGGACAUUGCAGCGAACGUGGUCCAGCUCUUCCUUUGGGCGCCCUCGAACUGGCUCAAGGCCGGGGGCAUGCCCAACAGUUCCGAGAUUCUACAAUGGCUGCUCUCGCUCACCACGAAGAUAAUGUGUGAGGGACGCCCCUGCCUGGGCGCUGGAAGCAUUAAGAUGACCGGCGGCACCAUUGGAGCCAGCACGAACGGACGGAGAGCCUACGUGGAGUAUUUGCUGAUCUGCAGCUUCCUGGCGCGCGCGCGCCUGCGUCGCAUACGCGGAGCACUUAACUGGAUCCAGAACGUGGUGGCCCCGUAGAUGCCCCGCCCCGUACACAGAUGUUUCGUUUACUUGUUACUCUGAUAAAAUCAAAUGGAAAAGCGUGUGAUACCUAUAUUUUACAUAUGUAUUUAUAAACAAUUCGAAAUUAACCGCA